AUGGCCUUUGACUCUGAUGUCAUCUCCGUUGACAAGAAGGCGAAAGGGUCCUCCAGCGAGGGCAACUACUUGACCCGUGAGCGUACUCAUCAGAAGGACAACGAGACUGAUUCUGAAUCUGACUCUGAAGACAUCGCUACCGUGGUUCGCUCUAAUGACUCGAGUGAUGUCGAGAGUAACUACGAGGAGAAACCUUUGAAUUACUCCGACGUUGAUGAUUUCCCAGAAGGUGGCCUGAGAGCUUGGACCACUGUCAUUGGCUGUUUCUGUGGCCUAGUCGCUUGUUUCGGUCUUCUAAACGCUUCCGGUGUUGUCGAAGACCACGUCCAACAAUACCAAUUGGCUAACGAGAACCCAUCCACUAUCGGCUGGAUCUUCUCUGUGUUCUUGUUUAUCAACUUCAGUUCAUGUAUCUUUUCAGGUACUUACUUCGACAGAAACGGCUUCAGAAACCCCGUCAUCCUAGGUGGUAUCCUGCACGUUGCUGGUUUGAUUGCUACAGCCAAUUGUACAAAAGUGUGGCAUUUCAUCCUAGCGUUCUCUAUCGUUUGUGGUUUCGGUAAUGGUAUCCUAAUCGCACCUUUAGUCUCAGUUCCCGCUCACUAUUUCAACAAGAGACGUGGUACUGCUUUGGCCUGCGCUACCGUAGGUGGCUCUGUGGGUGGUGUAAUCUUCCCUGUCAUUCUAAGAAAAUUCUUCACCAUGAAAUCUACUUCAGACCCAAACUACGGAUUCGUUUGGGGUCUAAGGGCCUGGGGUCUAAUUGACCUCUUCCUAUUGGUCAUUGCGGUGCUCAUGGCAAAGGAAAGACUUCCAAACGUUGUGCUCACGGAGGAGGAAAAAAGUGUACCAACAUGGAAACGUGUGCUAAAGAUUUACUUUAUGGAAAGUUUCGAUGCCAAGGCUUUCCUAGACAUGAAGUACUUAUUCUGUGUUAUCGGAACUGUGAUUGGUGAAUUCUCUCUAUGUGCUACCAUCACAUACUUCGCCUCAUACAGUACAGCACACGGUAUCUCCGAAUCAGAUGCUUAUAUGCUGAUCAUGGUUGUCAACCUUGUUGGUAUCCUUGGUAGAUACAUCCCAGGUUACUUGAGUGAUGUUAUUGGAAGAUUCAACGUGGCAAUCAUCACUAUCUGUGGUCUUGGUAUCGUCAUGCUGGUCGGAUGGCUCCCAUUUGGAACCAACUUGAAAAACAUGUACGUUAUCAGUGCCCUUUACGGAUUUUUCUCGGGAAGUAUCUUCUCAUUGCUACCAGUAUGCUGUGGUCAAAUCUCAAAGACCGAAGAGUUCGGUAGACGUUACUCCACCAUGUACUUCGUCGUCGCAUUCGGAACAUUGAUCGCUGUCCCAGUCACAGGUGCCAUUAUCGGUAACGAAUCCCUACAAAGCUACCAACACUACGUCAUCUUCUGCGGUGUUACCACUUUGCUUUGCGCCGUCAGCUUUGUCAUCUCAAGAUACUACUGUGUCGGCUUCAAACUGGUGAAAUUCUAA